AUGUACAAAAUUUUACAUAGUUAUAAUGUACUUACAUCAUCUGAAGUUGCAGCUCUUAUGAUAGAAGAUGGACAUGAAAUUGAACCAUUAAAUCGUGGUAUUUUGCUUAAAACUCGUGAAGGAGGUUUACAAAGAAUAUCUGAACUGCAUUCCUCUUAUGAUGUCUUGCAUUAUGUAUUAUUAUUUCCAAAAGGUGAUGAUGAUUACAAAUUAGGAAUAUAUAUUAUACUUGGAAUGCAAAAACUUCACAAGUGGAAUCAUAGAAAAAAUGCAACAGGAGUAAUAGGAAGGCUAUAUAUGAUUCAACCUAUAGAAGGUAAACGAUAUUACUUACGAAUAUUACUUAUACAUGUAACUGGUGCUACUUCAUUUGAUAAUUUAAAAACUGUUAAUAAACAGAUAUGCAGAACCUUUAAAAAAGCUUGCACUUACCUUGGACUUCUUCAAAAUAAUAAUAAAUGGAAUAAAUGUCUAUAUGAAGCAAAUUUGAUUGAAAAUUCUGGCAAUGCUAAUUAUAUGGUUAGCAAAGCAAUCUUAACUCCUAAAAAUAUCAAUGUUGAAAUUAUUUCAGAUAUUAUAAUGAAAAGAAUACUUGGCGAAGAUAUUUUAUAUUCCAGUGCUGAUUUAGUAAAUUUACCAGAUGAUAGUACAUUAAAGUUAGGAAUACUAAUCAUUCUCCUACGAAAAUUAAAUCUAUCAGAAGGUCUUUGUAAUGGAACUAGACUGAUUUUUCGUAGAUUUGCGAGUAGAGUUAUUGAUGCUAAGAUUAUAACAGGAUCAUAUAUUGGUAAACGUGUAUUUAUUUCACGUAUUAUAUUAACUUCAUCAGAAACUAAAUUACCCUUCAUUUUAAAUCGAUGUCAAUUUCCUAUACGUAUUGCAUUUUCAAUGACAAUCAAUAAAUCACAAGAACAAACUUUAAACAGGAUAAUAGUAAUAAUUGCCAAACAAAAAUAUUGUAUAUCAUGA